AUGUCCCUCCUUGACAAUGAGAACGGCACAGACCCGUUCGAGGGGCACGAUGCCGCCAUUGAUUCGGCCGCCGCCAAAGACGGUCGCAAGCUGUGUGUCCGUCACAAGCAGAUGGCAAACCAGAACGUCAACGCAAAGCUCCAAAAGUCCCUCGACUCUCUCCCUGUGCCCGAGCGUGCUGCCAUCACCAACCUCUGGAGUACCUUCUCUGCCGCCCCGCACCACAAGCGCAAGCUCAUUCUUGAGGGAAUUUUGACAAUGUGCUGCUUUUCUCAGCUGUCACACCUUUCAGACUCGCUGAACCGCAUCAUCCGCAUUGACCCCUUCUCGCUCCUCCCGCGCGAAGUGUCACUUCGCAUUCUCGGCUACCUGGAUGCCAUGUCACUCGGCCGCGCCGCCCAGGUGUCGAGGACAUGGAAGUCGCUCGCCGACGACGACCUUCUCUGGCGCCGCAUGUGCGGCCAGCACAUUGACCGCAAGUGCGAAAAGUGUGGCUGGGGUCUGCCAUUACUGGAACGCCGCCGCCUCAAGGUCGAGCUCAAGGACCGCAGCCCCGCGGCAGCUCUUGGCGUCGGCCACCACGACUCGCACCAUGACCACGACCACCACCACCAUCACCACGAUGGCGGCAUCCAGCAGUUGAUGACUCGCUCCGAGAUGCUUGCCGGCAAGGGCAACGACUAUCUUGCCAUCACAUGUGACACGCCAGUCGGAAUCGUGCCCAACCCACCCUCUACCAAGAAGCGUUCCGCGCCAUCCUCACCAUCAAUCAAUGGCUGGCCUAGGGAGAAGAAGGCCAGGAUCGCACUCAGCGAUUCCGAAGCCGACGAGCCCGACAUGUCCGCUGCCACCGGCAACGGCAGCCUGACUCGCGAAGUGCGCCUCACCCGCCCGUGGAAGUCGGUCUACUGCGAGCGCCUCGUUGUCGAGCGCAACUGGCGCAAGGGCCGUUGCCAGACCAAGACACUCAAGGGUCACACCGACGGUGUCAUGUGUCUCCAGUACCACACGGCUCUUAGCAACCCUUCGUACCCCGUCCUCAUCACUGGGUCCUACGACCGCACUGUUCGCAUCUGGAACCUCGACAGCGGCGAGCUCGUCCAGACCCUCCGUGGCCACGCUCGCGCGGUUCGUGCCCUCCAGUUUGACCAGAUGCUCCUCUUUACGGGUUCCAUGGACGGCACCGUCCGCAUGUGGAACUGGCGCAAGGGCGAGUGUCUCCGUGUCCUUGAAGGCCACUCGGACGGCGUCAUCUGCCUCAACUACAACGGCUACCUCCUCGCAUCCGGCAGCGCCGACACCAGCAUUCUUGUCCGCAACUUCCGCACUGGCGGCAAGUUCUUCCUCCGUGGCCACGACGAGUGCGUCAACCAGGUCGUCCUCUGGGACGGCAAGUCGUCCCCCGGUGACCUCGACCCCACCGCCAUGCCCACGUUUAGGUCGAGCCGCGCCCGCAACCCCGGCUCGCCUGGUCUCGACAGCCCCGGUGAUGACAUUGACGUUGGCACCAUGCUCUUCUCUGCCUCGGAUGACACCACCAUCAAACUCUGGGACCUCACCACCCAAGAGUGCAUCCGCACCUUCUCUGGCCACAAGGGCCAGAUCCAGGGCCUCCGCGUCCUCAUGGUCAACCAGCCGGACGAGGAUGACAAGGAACGUGACAACAGCAACCGCCAACUCUCGCCUGCCCCCACCGCAUCAUUUGCUCCCGCAUCGCAGCACCAGCUCCUCACCCUACCUGGUGAGGCCAACUCGCCUGGCAGCAUUGGUGACAUCCCCCGCACUGCCCGCUGUGAGGAGAUUGUCCCGCGUGUCUACGUUCACUCGGAGGACGACAGCGACCGCGACCGCCGCAACAGGGAAAAAUCGGGUGACCGUGACGUGAAGCGCGCUGUCCUCGUCAGCGGCUCACUUGACGGCACUGUCAGGCUCUGGGACGUCGACACUGGCCGCGAGACCAACACUCUCUUUGGCCACAUUGAGGGUGUCUGGGCCGUCGACAUGGACGCUUUGCGUCUCGCCUCGGGCUCGCACGACCGCACAAUCAAGGUGUGGGACCGCGAGUCUGGCAACUGUGUGCAGACCCUCGUCGGCCACCGCGGCGCGGUCACGAGCCUGCAGCUGUCGGACGACAUGAUUGUUUCUGGAUCUGACGAUGGUGACAUUAUGGUCUGGAGCUUUGCCCCUGUUACGUCUACGUAA